AAACUGCAUGUAAACCAAAGUAGCAAAGAUAAGAAGUUAGGAUUAGUCUAAUCUGAAUUUACAAGAUUCACAUGAUGUGUUUCAAAUGGUUCACAAGUUCUGAAAUAUAAAUUCACUUCUAUAAUUGUUCCCAACACAAAAAAAAUGGAAGAACAUAAAGAUAUAGGUGUUGAAACAGAGUCGAAAAGAAACAAAAGUUUCUUUAAGAUCAACAAAAACCUUGUGAUGUUAAAAAUCACUCUGUUUUUCCUAUAUGGCGCAAAUUCAUCACUAGUACCAUAUUUAACUGUCCACAUGCAAAGCAUUGGUCUAACCGUGGAACAAAUAAGUAUAAUUUACCUCACAUUACCCCUAACUACGUUCUUAACGCCGCCAUUGACUGGUUUCCUAAUUGAUAAAUUCGGACAAUAUAAACCCGUGGUUAUCAUAUCCUUCCUGCUAACCGCAGCCAUCCAUCAUGGGUUGUUUAUCAUUCCACAUCAGGAACUCCCAAGUGUAAUGCCUCCCGCGUACGUGAUGAAACAUCCCAAGGGGGACAUUGAGGUUUGGUGGAGUCCAUGCCCUAGCAGAGAAUGCCCGGACAACGAAGAAUGGAUUAUCAUGUUGGAAAAGUGUAGAAAUCAUUGCAAGUUAAAGAAGACAAAUCUUCCGGCGUAUCAAAGUGUAGGAAAUAUAAGUAAACCAAAAAUAAAUGAACCAGAAGCAAUCAUGAUAACAUUAGAUAUGCAUCCAGAUCUGGGUGAUCCCACGGAAAUUUUCGGCCUGGAUAUUGAGCAACAAAAUGCUUUCUACGACUUCAAAAAUCGUUUUACUGAAGAACUACUUACGAAAGCAGGUGUCAAUUUUACAGAAUUAGAAGAAAGUGACCUACGUUGUGGUGGAGUUGUCCUACCACCAAAUUGUACCACCCUAACCUCAAUUUCAACCUAUUUCCCGAAUAAAUGUAUGGUCCAAGAGUGUAAGUUUCUUCAUGGUGGACCUGAAGUAUGUCCACCGGAUUUCAAAGAAAGCGAUAACAAAACCUACUGGAUUUAUUUUUUUCUGCGGUUUAUUGGGAGUAUUGUAAUGACUGCUGGAAUCACUAUCAUCGAUCCAAUAGCUCUGACUAUGAUAGAGAAGUACGGAGGUGAUUUUGGAAGAGAAAAAUUAUUUUCAAGUCUUGGUAUGGCUCUAUUCUCACCAAUAACAGGUUUCCUGAUUGAUUUAAGCAGUGAACGAAAAGGCUACACUGAUUAUUCCCCGGCAUUUUAUACUUAUGAUAUUCUAUUGGUGAUAUCGGCCCUUGCGGUGUACUUUAUGCCCCUAGGGACAAAAUUACCUGCAGAUGAUAUCUUCAAAGACCUCGUGGGUAUUUUCAAAAUGCCCAGCGUUAUAAUUUUCAUCAUUUUCAUGUUCUUCCUUGGAAACCCAUGGGGAUUCAUCGAGAAUUAUUUGUUGUACUUAAAAGAACUAGGAGCACCUAAUACCCUCUUGGGGGUGACUGUUACGGUGGGUACUAUCAGCUCGAUCCCAUUUCUGUAUGGAGCUGAUCGAAUAACAAAGAAACUGGGCCAUAUCAACAUAAUAAUCGUGGCGUUUUUUGCUCAUGCUGCGAGAUUGAUGGGUUACAGCUUUUCGAGUAAAUAUAGAUGGCGACAAAGCGCCUGGUGGUGUUUUCCAUUCGAAGCGAUGGAAUCACUCUCCGUGCAUCUGAUGUGGGUCGCCGCAGCAACCUACUGCGCGAUCAUCGCCCCCAAAGGGUUGUUGGCUACCCUCAUCGGGGUCAUAGGCAUGGCGCAUUUCAGCAUAGGUCGCGGAAGUGGUAGCUACAUUGGCGGGCGGCUUAUAGGCGAAUAUGGCAUUCGAGAAGCUUUCAGAAUCAUGGGUUUCUCCGUAAUUAUAUGUGGAGUAGCCUAUGGUCUGUUACAAUUUUGCUGGCUGCGCAAAACCACGCAUCUAGGCGAGACGGAAAGCCUCGACGAAUGCGAGAAUGAUAUCGCCAACGAUAAGGAUGCAAACGAGCCAAAGACACGCGACCAAGGCACAAUGGUGAGCUUCGAGCGGCUGAGUCUAAUCAUAGAGUACAAUCAGAUCGGUUCGCUGACCUCGAUCGGCCGACUUCUAAACAAAGUCGAUAACGAGAUGAUCAAAGACCACUACACGCGAAGAGGUAGCGACAGCUACGGUCUAUUGAAAGCACGCAGCAACGCAUCCAAAAUUGGCCUCCUGCGUUCCGCAAUCGAAGUGUCACGCAAUUCCAACUCACGCAACUCCAUCAAACUCUCGAUCGGACAGCUUCAUCGUCAUCACAGCAGCGGGAGCAGGAUCGUCGAGGUGCGCACUUCGAGCGCGCCCAAGUUGACAGCACAGAGCUUGAGCAUCACCGACAGAGAGAUGCGACAACUGAUCCCGGACGAAACCGAUGAAAUCAAGUACGACCAAGUCAAGAACAAAAACAAAAUGGACGCAAACGAAUAGAAUAUAUAUCGGCGUGCAUAUCGCUUAAUCGUAGUACUUAAUAAAAAACAUAAUUCGUUCCA